AUGAAUGGGACACACAUGGACGACACGACUCGCUACAAGAUUCUACAGUAUCAUGACGGAACUCGAUUCACACUUGCUCUGGGCGAGUCGCCAUCCAAGGACGGCUUCCACCCACCCGCCAAAAACUUAUUCAAAAUGAGGUGGAAUUGUACCCUGGAGAGAAGGGCAAGGCAACAAGCUGUAGGUUGUCCUAAAACCGUACAGGGAGCGCCGAAAAAUGGAAAGAAUAUCUACCACGGCCGUUUAACAGAAGAUUCUAAAAUAGGAAAGUACAACUUCUUGAGCGAUGCAGUGGACGAGUGGCUCAAGCUAUCGGAUAAACGUCCCAUGGGAGGCAAUGCAACCUUCAUUGACCCACAGUUGUACAGUUUCGCCAACAUGGUCUAUCAAAAGAUUUACGAAGUCGGCUGCCAUUAUGAACAGUGUGGAAGUGGUAGCAGAGCCAACGCUACCCUUCUUUGCAUCUACAACACCAAAGUUCCAAUGCGCGCAAAGCUGUACGAAAUAGGAGUUAGAGACAACAGUGCGAACCACACUAACGCGGGCUGUGCCAGAGAUGAUCGAGUGUGCCAACAUCUUCGCACACCUAGACCGGAACCAGUCGAAUGUGAUAAUCUUCUCUGCAAGUUGCCUUACAAGGUUCAGAAAGGAUUCCUGUGA